AGUGCGUCCAUUUGUCUGUCCGAGUGGACGGAACAUCCUGGCCCCUGAUGAGGAGCUGGAAGGGGUGUUUCUUCCUAUAUUUGCAUGUGCUGCCUCUCUCCUCCCUCCUGCUCGUCCUCUGCAGGCCUGCUGCUCUCUGCUGCAGAGUCGGGCUGCUUGACGUCACUGAAGGCUGGAGCGGCUCCUUGAUUGGAGCGCAGGAAAAAAAUGGGGAGAAGAUUGCGAGGACCUCAGGCUGGGAGACCAUGGCAGAUGAAGUGAAACGACCAGUCGGAUGUCGCCUCUCUGUGCGGUCAUGUGACUGACCUGGCUCUUCCAUUGCACAUGGGAUCCCUCUUCUUCCUGCUGAUUCCCCCGAGUUGCCCCGUUGCCACCAUGAGAGGACCAUCAAUCAGGUGCUUGACCUCUGUGCCCUCAUACUGGCGCUGCCGUUGUGCUGCAUGAGCGCCCCCUCUCCUCCGGCAGUUACUGCACGGAAUGGCCUCUCUGGACCUGCCAUACCGCUGUCCUCGCUGCGGGGAGCACAAGCGCUUCCGAAGCCUGUCGUCUUUACGUGCCCACCUGGAGUACAACCACACAUACGAGACCCUCUACGUCCUCUCCAAAUCCAACAGUGUGUGCGACGCCGCUGCUCUACUGCCCCUAGUGGCCGAGGGAGCUCUCCUCACGCCCGCCAACAACAACGACCCUUUCGAGCCACUUCGGCCUUCAGCUUUAAAGGAGCGACGUUUCCCCUGCCGUGAGCUUCCUUGUUCGGACGACCUGAGUUUGACGCCGGCUAACUCCAACACUGCAGCCCGUUAUAUUCCGAAUGUGGAGUUUCCCUUGGGGGAGAUUUUUAUGAAGAAAGCCAUGACAUCCGCAGACCCAGGUCCCCAUGGAAACCCCAGCACAGCUGUAGCGGUGGCAGCUAAUGUAGCGGCGAGCGCAGUAGAAGCAGCCUAUGAGGAAGGCCUAGCCAGGCUGAAGGCGCGGGCGUUUGAACGGCUAGAGCUGGAUGAGAGGCUGGAGAAGCUGUCUGAAGAGGUGGAGCAGAAAAUAGCGGCCCGUGUAGGCCGUCUGCAGGCAGAGCUGGAGAGGAAGAGCUCCGAGCUGGAGCGGGCCAAGCAGGAGAGCGAGCGGCUGAGCCAAGAGAAACAAGACCUGGAGGACAAGGCCUCGGAGCUUUCUCGGCAGGUGGACGUCUCUGUGGAAAUGCUAGCUAACCUCAAGCAGGAUCUGGUGAACAAGGAGGCAGAGCUGAACCACAAACAGCAGGAGGUCGCCCAGAUUGACCAAUUCCUUCAGGAGACGGCGGCGCGUGAGGCCAAUGCUAAGGUACGCUUGCAGCAGUUUAUCGAGGAGCUGCUAGACCGAGCCGACCGAGCCGAAAAACAGCUGCAGAUCAUCAGCAGCUGUGGCACCACGCCGAACGGCAGCCUGGGACGCUGCAGCCUGCAGGCCUCGAAGGGGAACGGACGCCAGAGAAACUCCAGCAUCUCUGGGAGCACAAGGGGAAUGUACCAGGUGUCAGAGAGACAUUCCUCCCCCAGCAGAGGAGCAUCCGGGAGGAUCAAGUCGGUCUCACAGGGUUCUGGAGGUUACGACAGCGACAGCGUUGAGAUGCAUCCCAUGGAGGACUGUCCCGAAGCUCAGUACUAUCACAUGCAGUGCCGGCUGGGCGAGGGGGGCUACGACCGCUCCCCUGGAUGUGGAUCAAGAAACUGGGGUCUUCGCAAACAGGCGAUCCAGAACUGGCAGCGGCGACCUUACAGGAACAGCACUGAGGGUGAGGAGGGAGACGUUUCAGACGUGGGCUCCCGAACCACCGAGUCUGAAGUGGAGAUGUGGGAGCAGGAGAGGAGAGCUGUGGCUGAAGUCCAGCAGUCUGCCGCACCUUAUCCUCUCCACAGCAGGGCGGCCUACCGCCCAAACACAGGUCGGUCUGAAGGGGUCUACAGUAAGCCAUGUCGCCAUGACAAGAGCCCGUCCAAAUCCAACGAGGUGAUCAGUCCAGAGAUCCUGAAGAUGCGUGCAGCUCUCUUCUGUAUCUUCACCUACUUGGACACCAAAACCCUGCUGAGAGCUGCUGAAGUCUGCCGCAACUGGAAGUUUGUGGCCCGUCACCCGGCGGUGUGGACCAGAGUGCUGCUAGAGAACGCUCGCAUUUCUUCCAAGUUCCUGGGCACAUUGUCUCAGUGGUGCACUCAGACACACUCUCUAAUCCUGCAAAACCUCAAACCAAGACAGCGGGGCAAAAAAGAAACCAAGGAGGAAUACCUUAAAAGCACACGUGGCUGUCUGGAAGAGGGUCUGGAGGCAUUGUUAAAGGCCACAGGAAGUAACCUGCUGAUACUGAAGAUUUCUCACUGCCCCAACCUGCUGACUGAUCGCUCUCUCUGGCUGGCCAGCUGCUACUGCCGAGCCCUGCAGGCUGUAACCUACAGGAGUGCCACAGAUCCAGUUGGACAGGAGGUGAUCUGGGCCCUUGGAGCAGGUUGCAGAGACAUCAUUUCCCUGCAGGUGGCGCCACUGCAUCCAUGCCAACAACCUGCUCGCUUUAGUAACCGAUGUCUGCAGACCAUCGGAAGAUGCUGGCCGCACCUCCGUGCUCUUGGAGUGGGAGGAGCUGGAUGUGGGAUUCAAGGACUGGCCUCACUGGCGAGGAACUGCAUGCGCCUGCAGGUGCUGGAGUUGGACCAUGUGAGUGAAAUCAACCAGGAGGUGGCAGCAGAGGUUUGCAGAGAAGGUCUGAAGGGCCUCGAGAUGCUGGUGCUCACCUCCACACCAGUCACCCCAAAAGCCCUGCUCCACUUCAACAGUGUUUGCCGCAACCUGAAGUCCAUCGUGGUUCAGAUUGGUAUAGAAGACUACUUUGAGGACCCCAACAGCCCGGAAGCUAGAAAAUUGUUUGAUGAGAUGGUUAACAAGCUGCAGGCUUUGAAAAAGAGACCUGGCUUUUCCAAAAUCCUCCAUGUGAAAGCAGACAGUCUCUGCUAACAUCUUUCGUGCAGAUUCGUCAAGUCUUGGAGAGGCGCCAUCAUGGCUCCGGUCAAUCAAAAAGACUCAGCUGUUUUGAGCCCGCUUCCUGGGGUUGAAUGCAUCUGCAGCACCAACAGAAACAACAGAAGAUCCUUAUGACGAACCAGGACCGAGGCUCAGUGUGCAUAUUCCAGAAGUACAAAUCUUGAAAAUUAGUUUGAAAUCAACAUGUCCUUAAUUUCAGUUCGACCAUUGGACUCUGCGAUGUGUCUCAAGACGAAGGAUCUGUUCUAAACUUUAAAAACUCAACAACUAUCAGAAUCCUCUUUCUCGGUCGUCUUUUGCUUUCACCAUAAAAGUGGAAUGAGUUGUCGCACAGAUCCAUUUCUUGAAAUGCCUGGACUCAGGUGGUGGCGCUGUAUUUUAACUAAGAGGAGCUUCACAGAGCACCAGAGCCAAGAACGCAUCAAAAAAAAAAGCAAACUUUCCUCCAAAGUACAUCAAAUGUUGGCAGGUUUUUUGAGAGAUCUUCAUUUCUGUCAUUCAAGGGUAAACAGGAGCUUUGUGUUGUGUCUGCGUGGAUGAGUGAAUGAAUAAAUACACUGAAUGGCUUUCAUUCAGCCUGUCCUGCACUACCGCACGCUGAAAACCGGACAAUGGACAACUGUGAACACUUACUGCUUCCACCCAGAACAGAAAUGUGCUGCAGCAGCUCUAGGCAUUGUGGAGAGAGCGACAGGCGGGACAGCCUCCCUGCAGCACACAGACCCUGACAGUCUUCUAGACACUGCAUGGCAGCGAUGCAUUUUGCCUCUUCUACCAUCCUCUGCUUCCUCAUAUGAACAAAAAACCAUGUCACAAAUCUGGAUUCGGUGUUUUUGAUCAUUGUAGUAUCUCUGGGUCUGUUCGUCUUGAGAGAACGAGAAGCAGUAUCCGAUAUUACUGGUGCCAUUCGUGACGGUGUCUGUCCUCAUUCCAGUGAGCAUUUUCUCCGAUGUGCCAUUAUUGAAUGAAGAGGGAAGGUGUUUAGUCGCUUCGACUAACAUUGUUGGAGUUGGAUUUGAGUGUAAGCAGCUCUUAAGGUGUUGUGUUUCAUAUAGUGCAAAGUCUCCAGGUGUGUUUACAGGUGUUGUAGUGUUUGUAUGUCAUCUGAAUUUCAUACUUUACCAUACUAAACUGUGCCAUUCCUAUUUAUAGGGCUUGUCCUGACCCAGCCCUUGUACAAUCCUAAUUUAUAUUUAUCAGCUGACAUCCUCUGCCUCCCUCUGCUGGUGUUUCCAUGCACUUACAUAGCUGACACCCAGCUAGUAUGACACUUGUACCCUUUACAGGAUGGAACAAGUAUCACCUUCACUGUUUGGCAGAACUAAGAGAUCAGGUCUUCAGUGUCACCUUCAAAAUUAGGAAAUUGAUUUGGCUACAGUUUAGUGUAUGCUGCAGAAAUUCUCAACAAGUAUGAGUAGCAAUACAUGCAGUAGUGACUCUUGCUGUACACGCAUCUGUGCUGAAUUUUGCUGAUUUUAUACAUUCAGAACCACUUCAUAAUAACUACCAAUCAGUCUGUGAAAACAGUUGCAUAAUAUGUUCAGUGGCUCUGGAGGAUCUGUUGAUAAUCUCAGCUCGUAACUGAAAUCCUGGGCUUUAAAUUGUGGGUGUAGAGUGUUAAAGAUGUGGGUGUUUACCAGGCAUGCAGGGCCUAACAAAAACCUGUGUAACAGAGGAGCAGGAUCCAGUGUUUUUUUGAAACUUUUAUGCAUACUACGGACCAAAAGUCAAGAUUUCUCUCAUUCUGCUGCGCUGAUUUUUAACUCAAGUCCCCCAAACUUUAUGAAAGUGCAAUACUGAAUCACUGGAGCAGCUGUUCAAGCAGAGCUCCUGUCAGACACUCACAUGCAGUUUUAUAGUUGGUUUGAAAAUGACUCACACGACAGGCAGAACAUUAGUUUCCACGUGACACAUUUCCAGCAGAUUGCUUACCUCUGCACACCGACAACUGGCCUGCAUUAGUCAUGUGGGUUUGCUAAAAUUCAAACACAACUCACUGAUAAUCGAUGGUGUUAGCUGCUGGUUUCUGUCGCUACUUCAUCGUCCAAACUCCUCAUGAGGACUUGUGUAACUGCAUAUCGUAAUAAUGAUGUUCCAGAACAAUCGUGGAUGUCCAUAUCUUCAUGUUCUUAUCAGUAUUGCAUAUUAUUACCCUAAACUGGUACCGAUUGUCCACUCAGUUCAUUUAAAGGAAACAGGUUUGUGGGAAACUUUGCUGACACAAUAGAGAAAACACAAAGCACUUGUUGAUUUUUGAGUUUUAGACAAUCCUGCCUUCGUUAUCAGCUACUCUGUAUAUAACGUUUGUAAAAAAAAAACAAAAAACAAAUAUAUAUAUAUACACAACAAAAUCAAAGAAAAAAAUGAUCAACAUUUGAUGUUAUAUAAUACUAAGGUCAUACUUACUGAGUGGAAAAGGUGAAGUUUACAGGUCUUCGUUCUGUAAGCAUUUUUCCUCCAAAGCUGAAUGAAAGAUAAACAUAGAGAAUUAUAUUAUGUAUAACAGUAGUGUUGAAAUUACAGUUGUGUAUUAGAUACUUUAUAUUAAAUGUGCAUCAGAGUCAUAUAGAGAUGGAAAUUAUUUAAGAAGAGGAUAAAGAUGAUAAUUCAGCUAUUUAUUUCUAUAAAAAAAAGAGCGACGUGUAUAAUGUUGGCAUGUUUGUGUUCACGCAUCAAUCAUUAAGUUGCCUUCUUAACUGUUCUGCUACUGUGGCAAGAAAAUUAUUAGAUGUUUAAAGAGCUUUGAUUGCCUGCAGGUUAAUAACGUUUCUCUUUAUUUGAUCCAGUCUAUUGUUGCACUAGUGAGAAAAAAAAAGAUAUUUCAGAUGUUUAUUAUAAGAGUGUUGUUUUUAAUGUUCCGCUAUUUCUCAGUAUUUGACAAAAUAUGAUGCACUUUUUUUCCUGAACACUUUUAUCGGCCCGUCAGUCAUCUGGUUUCUGCGUGGCGAAACCUGAUGUGGUACAAAGACAAAAGAAUAUAAGGAAUUCUUCGCUCACGUGAUGGGUUCCGUGGGAGGAAAAUUUUUGGAAACGUGCUGAUAACUUACGAACUUCUACAAGUGAACAGACGUAUAGUUUGUCUCUUUUCUCUGACGCCAUCUCUCUCAUAUCUCGCAUCAGUUGGGAAGUUGAACCUGAUUCAGCUACAUUCAAGUGCUUUUUUAGGUUGCCAAUAUGACCUUAUGCUCACCUUUGUAUUUGUUAUUGUUUUACUUUUGCAUCACACUGUAAAUUUCACCCUCACAACAACGGUACAUUUGCUUUAUUGUGAAAAACAGCGUGGUGAAGGUGUGACAGAGCCUUUGUCAAGCACGCCGGAAAGCUAAUUUUUUAUUUUAUUGUGGCUUCCAUCUCUGGUUUCUGCAUCUCCAAAUGUCAGCCUGACUAAUGUCUAAUUUAUUUUAUUGAUUUAAAGUCUGAAGCAUCAUCUAUGAACCAAGGUGCUUCCUCGGUCACAUUUGUUUCUCUAUUUAUUUUUCUUCAAAUAAAGUCUCCUCUGUUGCAGUUAUACCAGUUGAUCUUAGUCUGCAAUGGAAAAACGGUGUCUGAACAUUCAUGUUACCUCUUUGUGCAUCUUUUAUGUAUGAAUGAUUGUACUCUGCCCAUUCAUCAGAACAAUAUUUUACACAUUACCUCAACACUUAACUGGGCAAUUAAGUGUGCAGUUUGUCUUUGUAAUUUUUCAUUUUAUGAUUGCCGUUGACAGGUACGCCCGGUGAUCCAUGAACUUCAUUUCAUUUUGCUCCGGCAACAAAAUGACUUAUGUUGCUGAAAAAACACUUUCCCAAAAGAUGAUCAGCCUUCUAUGAUGACUGCAAUAGAUGGAAAUGUUUUACUACUCAUUUUCACUCAUUUGUUGUCAUCAAUAAAAUUGCUUUAAAUUGUA